UUCACCUUUAAAAAAAAACCUGUUGCCAUAAAUGAAGGAUGUUGAUCAAGGUCUUGGGUUUUAUUUUUUUUAUUCAUAUGGAAGACCCGAAGAUUCAACCUCAGGUUGCUCAAACCACUGCCAUGAAGGUGUUGGAAACCCAUCAAGGUCUUUGUGAACAGGAAGAGCUAUUGGAAAAGGGAGAGGAGUCCCCUUCCAAGUCCUCUGUUUCCAGUCCACGAAAGGCAUCCUCCAUUAAGGCCAAAACAGAAGCCAUGAUGCGUCUUGCAUCUCAACGAGGAGUGAGUCGUGUGGGAGAGCAAGAGAGGGAGCUAGGAAGGCAUGAAAAAUUUCAGGCCAUUCUCAAGGGACCCAACAUUAAUCUCCAUGAGUUGAGAGAGCUCAGCUGGUCUGGGAUACCAACUUCAGUCCGUCCAAUCACUUGGAAAAUACUGGCUGGUUAUUUGCCACCUAAUAAGGAUCGAUGGGAUACCAUCUAUCGCAAGAAAAGGGAAGAAUACUGGAGUUACGUCCAACAAUACUAUGACUCUCGACUGGAGGAGAUUCAUGCUGACACUUAUAGACAGAUUCACAUUGAUAUUCCACGAAUGGCCCCACUUAUUCCAUUGUUCCAACAAGAUCUUGUUCAAGAUACAUUUGAGCGGAUUCUGUUCAUUUGGGCCAUCCGUCAUCCAGCUUCUGGCUAUGUUCAGGGAAUCAAUGACCUUGUGACCCCAAUUUUUGUCGUCUUCCUUCAAGAAUUUCUCUUGCCCAAUGAUGAUAUUGAUAACUAUGAUGUAAGGAAGCUUUAUCAUGAUGCACUGCAGCAGAUAGAAGCAGAUAGCUAUUGGUGCCUCAGCCAUCUCCUGGAUGGUAUUCAAGACAACUACACCUUUGCUCAGCCUGGAAUCCAGAACAAAGUCUUUCAACUAAAGGAGCUCAUUCAGAGAAUAGAUGUUUCAUUGCAUGAACACUUGUGUCAGCACGAGAUCGACUAUCUCCAGUUUUCAUUCCGGUGGAUGAACAACCUGCUGAUGCGGGAGAUUCCACUUCGCUGCACCAUUCGCCUGUGGGACACUUACCUGGCAGAGAAAGAUGGGUUUGCCACAUUCCAUCUCUAUGUCUGUGCUGCCUUCCUCAUUCACUGGAAUGCAGACCUCCUCCGGGAACGUGACUUUCAGGGUUUGAUGCUGCUGCUGCAGAACUUACCGACUCAGGCAUGGACGGACAAGGACAUUGGAAUGCUUCUGGCCGAGGCGUUUCGACUCAAAUAUAUGUUCGCCGAUGCGCCCAAUCACCUGAGCGGUGCCAGGUAGGGGGGUGGGUCUCCCCCGUGCCAUCGCCGAGGGCUUCCGUUCCGCUGAUGGCGUUCGUCGCGGAUGGACGUGGACUUAGGCCCCGGUUCAGGGAGGGGGGGAAGAGUGUGUGGGUUUUCUCUUGUGCCUCGGCUGCGGUGACGCUCUCUCGGGACUCUCGAUCUGUGAUCGCUUUCAUCAGUUCUGUUCCGACUCUGUGGGUGAUGGCCGAGAAGUUUCGGUUUUUUUUUUUUAAAUCCCCGUUUCGAGUGCCUUAUCGCCGUCGGUGCAAUCUGUUCCGUUGGUAUUUGCUCCUCGUGUCAGCCGUAUACCCUUCUUUAUUUUUUUGCUCCGGGAAAAUAUCCACAUGUGAUACCGGGAGGGGUGCACGAUCCCUCGUCAGACUGCUUUAUUCUGAUUUCAAGAUAUGAUCUCCAUUUACCAAAAUGCCAGGAGUGGAGUCCUACAAUCAACCUAUCCUGUACACCCCAGAAAUUCACAUCCUUCCUUUAGAUGCAUGAAUUUUUUUAAUUAUCAAGUAUUGAGUUUUGUCUGGUAUGAUCCCUGUGUUGAACCAUUUGUGAAGUCUGUCCCUGUGUUGAAUUCGUAAAAAUUCAUAGUUGAUAAAAUUAUAUUGGUUAUAUGGUGCCUUCCCUUGUGAGGAUGCAGCUAAAGCAGAGUUCCCUCUGCAUACUUGAUAUUUGGACCAACCCAGAUUUUACUGAAUGCUAAGAGCACUCAGGAAGUAUUUUGAGACUGUCUGAAGUGUCUGCUCUUUUCCACCCUUUUUGUGUUUGUUUCUCUUACAUGACAAAUAUGGGCAGUGGAAUAUUUGUUGUUUUCAGUGUUGCAAGAUCCCAUUGGAGGUGAGGAAAUCAAAACUUUUCCAUUGAAAGGUCUAGAGUUUGUUAACAUUUUAGAAUUCACUUGUCUUUGCAGUUACUGCUGAGGUACUUAGAUUAUUGUACAGCGAGUAAAAGACUGAUUCAGGUACCAGUUCCAUUUGUUUGAAGAAUCUGGAUCAUGUGAAUUGUUAAAAAGAGUGCAAAGGCAUGUAUUUGGUUUCUUUUCAUCUCUCAGAUCUUGUUCCCAAUGUACUGUAUGGAAGUCUAUCAUGGAGCC